AUGGAUGCAAGAAGCCCUACCUCUGCCUCUGAAAAGGCAGAGGUUGAGAAGAUUCAGGAUGUGGCAGCACCACAUACUCUUGGGAAGACAGGAACAGAGACGGCGUCUGAUCCUGCCAUUGGAUCGUUUGUCGACGUUGAUGAGCAGAAGGUUUUGCGCAAGAUGGAUAUUCGAUUAAUCCCCAUGCUGGCGGCUCUCUACCUCCUCUCAUUUCUCGACCGGGGAAACAUCGGUAAUGCCAAAAUCGAGGGGCUUCAAGAGGACCUCCACAUGACGCCGGGGCAGUACAAUUGGUGCCUCACCGUCUUCUUCUUCACCUAUGCGGCUUUCGAGGUUCCUAGCAACCUGCUCCUCAAAAAGCUGCGUCCUAGCCGCUGGUUGCCAUUAAUCAUGGUCUGUUGGGGCGUUGUCAUGACGCUCAUGGGCAUAGUUCAGAGCUUCCGGGGCCUGCUUGUGGCUCGCUUGUUCCUGGGAGUAACUGAAGCCGGCUUGUUUCCCGGCGUAGCCUACUAUCUCACAAUGUGGUACUGCCGUCACGAGAUUCAACUUCGACAAGCCCUCUUCUUCUCCGCCGCCUCAGUCGCUGGAGCCUUUAGUGGCAUCCUCGCCUUUGGCAUCAGCAAGAUGGACGGCAUCGGGGGCCUUGCAGGCUGGCGCUGGAUCUUCAUCCUCGAAGGAAUCGCAACUGUGCUCGUUGCGGCCCUUGCAUUUUUCUUUCUUUACGACUUUCCCGAAACGGCCACGUUUCUCACCGAGGAGGAGCGUGCGUUUGUGGUCUAUCGACUAAAGUACCAAGGUCAAGUCCAGACCUCGGCCGACGGGGAGAUUGAACAAGCUCAGGUUGCACAGGCGGAAGAGUUUGAGUGGAAAUACGUUCGUCAAGCCUUUACCGACUGGCAAGUCUGGGUCAAUAUUGUUGUAUAUUGGAGUGUUGUCUGCCCCCUCUACGGCAUCUCCCUAUUUCUACCGACUAUCAUCAAGUCUCUCAACUAUACGUCUAGCACUGCCCAGCUAAUGACUGUGCCCAUCUACGUCGUCGCCGCUAUUCUCGCCGUCAUCAGCGCCUACUUCUCUGACAAAGUCGGGAGGCGAAGCCCCUUCAUCAUUGGCUUCCUCCUGAUGAUGAUCAUCGGCUUCUCCAUGUGCAUCGCUUCUUCCAACCCGAAGGUUGUCUACGGAGGAAUCUUCGUCGCCGCAUGUGCCAUUUACCCAGCUUUUCCCGGCGUCAUCACAUGGCUGUGCAACAACCUGUCAGGGAGCUACAAGCGCAGCGCCGGAAUGGCACUUCAGAUUGGCGUUGGGAACCUUGGAGGCGCUAUGGCAUCCAACUUUUACCGUCAGGCCGACAGCCCCCGAUACAUCUUGGGCCACGGCUUGGAGCUGGGCUUCAUCUGCUUGGGUAUCAUCGCGAGCUCCGCCCUGAUCUUCAGUUACUACACCGUCAACAAGAGACGCGCCCAGAGGCUGGCCGAUGGAGAGCUGGCAAAAUUCACGCCACAAGAGCUGUCGGCCCUGGGAGACCGAGCCAUAACCUUCCGUUACAUGUUCUGA